CAUAACCCCAGCAACAUGCCGCGCCCCGCCUCCGGCGCGCCAGCUUUCGGGAGCACCUGGGCGUCGCUCGCCCCACCACUGACACCAUGGAUCGCGGACGUGAUCGCCGCGCAGGGGUUCAGCAACAUGACGCCCGUGCAGGCCGGCACCAUCCCGCGCGCGCUCAAGAACCAGGACUGCGUCGUCGAGGCCGUUACGGGCUCGGGCAAGACGCUGGCGUUUGUCGUGCCUGUGCUCGAGCGCAUCGUGCGGUCGGAGCACAAGUAUAAGCGGGGGGAGGUGGCUGCGAUUGUGAUUGCGCCGACUAGGGAGCUCGCAGCCCAGAUCCACGAAGUGUUCACCAUGUUCCUCUCGACGCUUGUCCCGCCCCCGCCGUCGCCCGUCGACGGGGAGGAGCAGCCGACCCCGAUCGGCGAGUACCCUCUGCCCCUGCUGGUGACCUCGGGCACGAGCGACCCCUACGCGGCCUUCCUGAACACGAGCGCGAACAUUAUCGUCGGCACGCCGGGCCGACUGGCGUCUUUCCUCCUCUCGCCGCGCGGCAUGAGCGCCGUGCGCGUCGGCAACAUUGACGCGCUCGUGCUCGACGAGGCGGACCGGCUGCUCGGCGCGCCCGACCACAGGCGCGACGUCGAGCGCAUCAUGCGCCACUUGCCCAAGCAGCGCCGCACGCACCUCUUCAGCGCGACCAUGACCGAUGCGGUCGAGGACCUCGUCGGCAUCGGCCUGCGUAACCCCGUGCGCAUCGUCGUCAACCUCAAGGACAAGCGCAUGGCCAGCGAGGCGAACGGGACGGGCGAGCGCCGCGUGCCCAUGACGCUGCAGAACAGGUUCCUCGUCUGUGGGCCGGCGGAGAAGACGCUCCAGCUCGUCAGGGUGCUCCGCCGCGAGGCGGGCGAGUACGAGUCGGCCAAGAUGAUCAUCUACUUUUCUACCGGUGCCGCGGUCGACUACUUCUACAGGAUUCUGUCCAAGCUGCCCGCGCUGUCAAACUUCCACUUUGCGUCGCUGCAUGGUGAUCUUCCGCCCCGCGCACGCGAGGCGUCCCUAUCGUCUUUUACAUCACACGCGUCGUCGCAUCUCUCGCCAGCAGUGCUGCUGUGUACUGACGUCGCGGCCCGCGGCGUCGACUUCAACGACAUCGACACGGUCAUCCAGUACGACCCGCCGACGGACCCCAAGACGUUCAGCCACCGCGUCGGCCGUACCGCGCGCGCUGGGCGUUCGGGACGCGCCGUGGUGCUUCUCACACGCGGACGCGAGGAGCAGUACGUCGAGUUCCUCAAGGUCCGCAAAAUCCCGCUUGUGCGCCAGGCGUACAUCACUGCUGAGCUUGGCGACGCCGAGACUGCCCCUGAGCCGCCGGUUGACGCCGACGCACUCGACCUGCUCAAAACGAUCCGCGACGUCGUCCUCACCGACCGUGACCUCGCCGACCGCGGUGCCAAGGCACUUGUAUCUAGCGUGCAGGCAUACACCAAACAUGAGGCGAGCUUCAUCUUCCGGCCAGCCGACAUCGACUACGCCGCGCUGGCGACCAGCUUUGGUCUCCUUCGUAUCCCCACUAUGCCCGAAGUGCGCUCGUGGCGCAAGAGAAUAGAGAAGGCCGAGGCGAAGCGUGAAAAGGGCGAGGCACCCGAUGACGAGGACUACACGCCGCCUGUGCCCUGGACCGACGCCGAGGUCGACUGGGACACGUUUGCCUACGCUUCGAAGCAGCGCGAGUCGGCGCGUAUUGUCGCUCUCGCUGAGAAGAAGAAGAAGCGGGAGGAAGCCGGUGCCGAAGACGAGGCGCGUCGCAAAAAGCGCAAGAUUGAGGCCGGCAUCCGUGAGGCGUGGUCCAACCAGAAGGACCGCAAGGCACGACGAGAGGAGCGCCACGACAAGAAGGACAAGAAGAAGCAGGCCGAGUGGGAGCGCAAGCAGGCUGCCGGAGAGGCCACUGAGCAGGACGCACCUGUGCUGCGUGCCAAAAAGGCCAAGGCCAAGAAGGAGGACAGCGACGAGAGCGAUGACGACAUGGGCGAGGACUACCGUGCGCUGAGGCGCGAGGUGAAUUCUGAACGUGCGGCGCGCAAGGCCACGUCGACCAAGCGCGAGGCGGUGGGCAUGUUUGACGACCUCGACUAAGCGUCGUUUGCUUGGCUGUAUCACUAGUAUACCUUGCAUUGUACACUACUACCCCCCAUGCAUCGUGCGUCAAGAGG